UGAUUAUUAGUUUCCAACAGCAACAGCAAAUUUACGAGUGUUUUUGUUUUUGUUGUGUGUGUUUUCACUGCAAACUGAUCUUAAAAUCAUUCUUUUUAUAAAAUGUCUGACACAUCGGAAGAAUUUGACGAAGAAGACGUAGAGGUGCAACUUGGUAACUAUGAAGGAGAUCGCAAUGAAGAAGGAGAGCGUCAUGGUUAUGGGACAACUACUUUACCCAACGGUGAUACCUAUGAAGGCCAUUACUCACAUGGCAAGAGACAUGGAGUAGGAACCUACAGGUUUAAAAGCAAUGCUAAAUAUAUCGGCGAAUAUGUUGAUGGGAAAAAACAUGGUCACGGUACACUUUGGUAUCCAGACGGCUCCCAUUAUGAAGGUAACUGGACGGAGGAUCAGCGAAAUGGAUUUGGUACAUAUUAUUAUGUAAAUGGAGACUGCUUUCAAGGGGAAUGGUAUCAGCAUCAAAGGCACGGGCAAGGAACGUAUACCUAUGCUUCCACUGGUAGCAAAUACGCGGGGACAUGGGAAGAAGGGAAAAGGAAAGGUUCAGGAGAGAUUAUACAUACAGAUCACAGAUAUAUAGGUUUUUUCGAAGAUGAUAUGACCAAAGGGUAUGGCAAAUAUAAAUUCGAUGCUGGUUGUGUUCUUCAUGGUGAGUACACCAUUGAAGAAGAAGUUGAAGAAGAUCCUAACAGCGAAAGUGAUGAACCUACAGUAUAUUUAAAGCCAGUGUGGAACACAAAAGGAAAACUGACGGUCAAUUAAUACAUUCGAUAGGACAACACGAAGACCAUGGUCAAUCAAAACACCGAGAAGGCACUCAUUGUAUAAAUUUUAUUCUUUGCCAUUUUAUUUUUUCUAUAAAUACCAGAUACUUUUUACGCUGA